GUGCAGUACCUGGACCUGCGCGAUCGCUUCGAGGGCGACAUCCGGACCGUGGAGCUGCUGCUGCGCCUGGUGGAGUUCAUGCACCCCGACUUCGCCCUGGGCUGGGUGCUGCAGGAAUUGAAGGGCACGCUGGCUCUGGAGCUGGAUUUCGAGAACGAGGCGCGGAACUCGGAGCGCUGCGGGCGAGACCUGGGGCACCUGCGGGGGGUGAGGGUGCCCCGGGUGCACUGGGGGCACUGCAGCAAGCGCGUUCUCACGGCCGAUUUCUGCGAGGGCUGCAAGAUCACCAACGUGGAGGGGAUCCGAGCCAUGGGGCUGGGCCUGAGAGACACCGCAGAGAAGCUGAUCCAGGUUUUUGCCGAGCAGAUUUUCUACACCGGCUUCAUCCACGCGGAUCCGCACCCGGGCAACGUUUUGGUUCAGCGCGGCCCCGACGGGCGGGCACAGCUGGUGCUGCUGGACCACGGCCUGUACGAGACCCUGAGCGAGAGGGACCGGGUGUCGCUGUGCGGGCUCUGGAGAUCGAUCGUGAUGCGCGACCACGACGGGAUGAGGGAGCGGGCGGAGGAGCUGGGGGUGAAGGACUACCUGCUCUUCUCGGAGAUGCUGCUGCAGCGCCCCCUGAGCCGCGACUCGCGCCUGCUGGGCCCGCCGGGCUCUCACCUGGCCGAGCCCCGCCCGGAGGCGCCGCCCGGCCCCGCCCGCCCGCUGCGGGGCGCGCCCGAGGGGCACCUGAGCGCCGAGGAGCGCGAGUACCUGCGGGGCAUGGCGGCGCGGCGCUUCCCGCACAUGGUGCAGGUGCUGCGCCAGCUGCCGCGGCCCAUGCUGCUCGUGUUCCGCAACAUCAACACCGUCCGCAGCGUCCACGGGGCGCUGGGCGCACCUGCGGACAGGUACGGCAUCAUGGCCCGCAGCGCCGUGCGGAGCUGGAGCCGCCUCCGGGGGGGCCCCGCGCGGUCGCUGCGGCAGCGGCUGCACCUGGGCUGGGAGCGGCUGCGCUUCGAGAUGGCGCUGAGGCUGGAGUGGCUCCGCUUCCGGGUGGCGGCGGCUGCGCUGCGGCUGCGGAGCCGCUGGGGGGCGCUGCCGGGCGGGGCGCACCUGCAGCAGCUGCUGCGCGCCUGAGCCCCAAAAACGGCUGAAAACCACCCAAAAAUCCACUGGGAACACCCCGAAACCGGCCGGGAAUGCCGAAAAUACCCGAAAAAACGGCUGAAAUAACCCAAAAACGGCUGAAAACGACCCAAAAAUCGACUGGGAACACCCCGAAACCGGCCGGGAAUGCUGAAAAUACCCGAAAAAACGGCUGAAAUAACCCAAAAACGGCGGAAAACGACCCAAAAACGGCGGGAAAUGACCCAAAACUGGCCGGGAAUGCUGAAAAUAACCUGAAAAUCAGAUGGAAACAGCCAAAAAUACCCCCAAAACCGGCCGGGAAUGCUGAAAAUACCCGAAAAAACGGCGGAAAUAACCCAAAAAUCGACUGGGAAUACUGAAAAUACCCAAAAAACCGGCGGAAAUAACCCAAAAACCGACUGGAAACAACCCAAAAAAUGGCUGGGAAUGCUGAAAAUACCCC